AUGGAAAAACAACAUCUCCGAAUCCAGGUAGAAACCCUGAACGAGACCGCGCUGAAACGGAUGCACUUGCAGCUUGGACAUGUUGAGGCCCUGAUGUGGUCGCAGCUAGCAGGCAAGCGCCUCUUCGACCGGAGAAAUGGGUCGAAGGUCUUCUGCAAAAUUUCCCGGGAUCCCAGGCAGUUCGAGCGCAAGGUCAAGGUGAAUCGGGAGCUGAGGAUUAAGCCUCUCGGCUGGAAUGAACCACUGAAUGCCUGGUUCCCAUCAGGAAGCGGACAGCUGGUUCGCAAAACUUACACAAACGGCACGCGUUGGAGGCAUGCGGAUGAUCCCGACAAGUUCCUGAAGAGCGAGGUGGACCUUGAUGAAGAGAUCAAGAAGUUUACCCUUGUCGCGACGAACCCGGAGCUCUAUCCUGCACUGAUUAAGCUGGAGACGCUCCCGCUCAUGGUAGGCAUGUUGAACCACGUGAACACCGACAUUGCCGUCGACGUCUUCGAGGUGCUCAGUGAGCUCACCGAUCCGGAUGCCAUCGCCGAUGUGGAGGAGCCGGAGGUGUUUCUGAAGGCCCUCUUCGAAGCGCAGCUCUGUCAGAUGACCGUGGACGUUCUCAUGCGCAUUGACGAGACCGCCAGCGACGAGGACUUCAAGGCCGUGACCAACGGUCUCAGUAUGAUUGAGAACCUGGCGGACUCGAUGCCGCAGGAGACCUGCAAGCAGUUCCUGGAGAUCCCGAACUUCUUGCCAUGGCUCAUCAAGCGCGUGCGGACCCAGGGCGCCAUGGACUACAACAAGGUCUACGCCUCGGAGAUCUUGGGCAUCGUUCUGCAGAACUCGGAGCCUGCGAGGAACUCGAUGGUGAAGCUCGAGGGGGUCGACAAGUUGCUGCGUGGCAUCGCUGCGUACCGGAAGCGCGAUCCGGCGGACAGCGAGGAGUCGGAGUAUGUGCAGAACAUGUUCGACUGCCUCUGCUCUUUGAUGCUGCUGAAAGCCAACCAGUUGGCCUUCGGACGUCUCCAGGGGUUGGAGCUGAUGAUCCGCAUGAUGAAGGAGCGCGUCUUCGCCUCAAACCUGGCGUUGAAGCUGGCGGACCAUGCACUGCGGCACUGCCCCGAGAACUGCCAGGUUUUCGUGGAGAAGCUCGGCCUGAAGGUCUUGUUCGCCAUCUUCAUGAAGCGAGGAGCGAAGACCAAAAAGGAAUCGGAGGCAAAGGAGUUGGAGGAGCAUGUGACCUCCAUCGUCCAGUCGCUCUGCAGAUACUGCACAGGGACGCCUGUAGCCCGCGUGCUGAACAAGUUUGUCGAGAACCAGUUCGAGAAGCUGGAGCGGCUGCUGGAGAUGCACGAGGAGUACAACCGCUCAGUCAAGGCCGCAGAUGAGGCGGCUCAGCUCUUCUCUAAAUGGGUAGUUCUCUAA